AUGUCGUCUACUAAUAUGCGCUUUGGUGUAGUCGCGCGAGAGAAUGACGAAAAGAACCCGCCCCCUCAACCUCUAUCCCCUCCCACACCCCUCGUAGACCACCCAAUCGUGUCACCCCACCAUCUUCACAUCCUCGUUUACUACGUAUCGUCGUCGACCGCCUCCACAUGUUUCUAUUUGCCGAAUAUUAAUUUAAAAGGCGGUACAUAUGAUGAAUUCGAUGCCAGUGAUAUUACUCAAUGUUGUAUACAAUGCGCUAGUCAACCCUGUUGUGCUGGCUAUACCUAUUCAAAAGCGCUAAAAAGGUGUUUUAUGAAGUCAUCGAUCAACUAUUCUGAACAAGAAGAUAUGAUGAUUAGUGGCAUUCGAGCAAAUGCUAACGGAGGUGUGGGAGCGAAAAUGAAAAAUGUUAAAAUUGAAGGAAGUGGCGGAAGUCGAAUUACACUCGAAAACUCUGAUGAGUGUCAACAAUACUGUACAGCAGUGAAAAUCAUUUUAAAUCGAUAA